GGGAGCGCGUGCGCGUCACCACCACGUUGUUGUUGUCUCAGCUGAUCCACAGCUGCUGUAACACAUCUACCUCUUCUACUAAUCCGGCCUUACAGUGUCCAUAUAUGCUGCCUAAGCAAUACAUUUUUGGCUGACCGGGAUAAUAAACAGUAGAAGCAUUAUAACUAAUGUGAGAAUAAUGUCCAGUGAAAGACUAGGGUGUGUUGCUUUAAACAGCAUGCCGUUCUUAUCUCCUGAUUUGCCGUUAGAAACAAUGAGCACGUCAGAUAUGUUUGACACUAGUUGGGACUGUUCUUCGGGAGUGGACAGUGAAAUUUCUGAUGCAAACAUUGCUCCAUCACUUAUUCCUCCAGAAGUAAUUGAUGACAACUUUUUUGUUUGGGACACUGAACAUAUUCUACAGACAAAUCUGUUUGAAACAGAGUUAGAGACUUGUUUUGAAGAUGACAUUGCCGUACUGUCUCCAGUCAGUUCACUACAUGCAAAGGAAGACAUCAAUUUCUUUCACAGUGAAGAUAGUAACAUGUUAAGUCCAUCUUCCUCUUCCUUAACUCUCACUUCAUGUGCACUUCCUCAGUCACCUUAUUGUUUUUUGGAAAAUCUGGAAGAUGUUCAGAUUUCAACUUCCCCUUCAUUACACAUGCUUUCAAGUCUUGCGAACUGUUCAGUGGUCUCUGCAUCUUUAAGCUGUAUACUGCCUGAUAAUGUGUUCAGUGAAGAGUUACAGAACUCAGAAGCCCAUUCCUCUAGACAUUUACUACAAGAGAGUAUCAGUAAAUUGAAUUCAAAGGCAGAAAUUAAAGGAUGUGAAGAGAGGGCAAGUCACCCAGGAAAACGUACAAAGGUACUUCGGUCUCCUCUAGCGACAUCAUCCCAGCUCUCAUCCAAUAAUAAUGUGUUAUUUCACUCCAUUGCUGACGUUCCUCAUAAGAAACAAUUACCUUCCACAUAUCAGCAGUAUAAGGCAUCCACUAAAGAAAAUGGCAUUUCUCCUAGGAAAAAAAAAACCUCCAAUAUAUUGGAUAGUAACAUGAAAUGGAGUGAGCUUGAUAGCAGUGAACAGUGGGCAGUCGGUAAAGGAAUAGGAGUUAUGCUCUCCCAGUCUUGGGGUAUUCGAGAAAAACUUAAUCUUUUAAAUAUUCUCAGUUCCACAUCACCAGAUAUUUCUCUCACUUCAGGUGAUACUGACUUAAUAUCUAGUCUAGAUGAUGAAAAGUUAGAAAGAAUACGCCUUUAUUUAAGAGGGCUAGAUAACAUUGAUGAUAAUUCUACAAGCAGAUUACCCAUUAACAAGUAUGGUAAAGUAUUACAAAAAUACAAUAAUAAGAAUUAUUUAAGGAGGAAUGAAAGUUUACAGUGCAGCUCAAAUGAACACAAAAUCCUGGGAGUUGGAAAAGUUGAAGACAGACCUAACAUGAGUGAGGGCAUCAACUUAAAACUCACAAAGACUCAACAUUCAAGAAGGUUUCCUAGACAUGAUCCGCUAAUCAUGACUCACCUGUCUUCACAUACCAGGAGCUCCAAAAAGAAUGCUACUCAGAAAUUUAAGCAAAACAAAACAAGGAAAAAGUACACUUCACCAGAUCUGCAUCUGCAAUAUAUAAGAAGCAAAAAAGAACACAGGCAGUUAAUGAAAGAAAAAAAAAGUGGACUUUUUGAGCAGGAAGAAGUUGUGCUUGUAUCAACAACAACUUACAGAGAAGAGUGUGCAACAGUAUGAUCACAACAAAGAUGAAGAAGAGAUAGAUAUUUUGGGAUAACUCACAGCUAGGUUUAUUGUCUUAUUGAUUUCCUUACUUUUUAUGUAAGCCUCUAGAACAAAUCCCAAAUAGGGUUGUUGUUGAUUGAUAUUAAAUCUAACCAUUCCUGUAUUUUUACCAAAACAGACGUAAUUCACAAGAAAAAUCAUUUUGCAGAAUUUUUUGUAUGGUAUUCUUCGUACAUUAUAUGUGCUAAAAGAUGCUUAACAGUUCGCAAAGAGGCAAAAUUAUUUAGAGAGAGAGAGAAUGUUUAUAUACUAAAAGAUAAAAAAUACACAAGUUUAUCCAAAGAUGUAAGCUGUCAAUGGUGCUAAUAAAGUGAAGAUAUUGUUUUAAAUAUUAUUAUGCCAGUAUGAAAGGUAUAUAACUUGCUUAGGAUAUAGUAUGAAAAUUUUCUGCCAAUCAGUGGGAGAAAAAAAUAAUCCAUAUUUUGGAAAACUACAUGGAUGGAUUUAACAAACAUUACUGAUGUAAUGUAUUUAGUGUUUACCAUAUUGUCUACUUUGAUAAAGCAAGUUGCUGUUCUUUAUGCCAUAUAUAGUUACAAAUUCAAUUUGUAACUGAUAAGUAGUAUUUAUAUAUUUUUUAGAAGUGUGAAAGAGUUCUCAUUUUUGUAUUUUACAGUAUGAAAUCUGAUGAGUAUUA